AUGCAAAACAUUGCUAGUUUCUUCACUAAGAAAAAUCCAACUCCAAAUUCUCCUCCACAUCCAACACAAAGUGAACAAACUUUGUCUCCUCAACUAGCAAGUGAACAACAUUCCUCUCCAUCACACAAUUCAAUUCAAAAUUCCCCUCAAAAUUCUCCUCAAAAUUCCCCUCAUAAUUCCCCUCCAAAUUCCCCUCAUAAUCCUCCUAGCGCUCCGGUCUUUGGUCAAAGACUAAGUGAAAUUGAUUGCGCCAAUCUUCCACAAGACCCAGGAUUGAGGAGAAAGAUGAGUGAUUUCCAUAAAAAUGAUAGAGAUUUAGUGAGGAGAACUUACAUUGAGAGAAAACCUUGUCAACCCAAAGACUUUCUAUUUCCUCAAACACUUAUUGCACAAAAAAACCGUCGAUUUGUUGCCAAGUGGUUUGAAACAUGGAGUUGGCUUGAGUAUAGUGUGGAAAAGGAUGUUGCCUAUUGUUUCAUUUGUUAUUUAUUCAAGGAUGAGAAUGCAAUUGGAGGCGAUGCUAUUGUUAGUGGGGGUUUCAAAUCUUGGAAUAGAUUAGAUACGAUAAAAAAUCAUGUCGGGAAACACACGAGUGCUCACAACAAAGCAGUGAUAGCCAUGGAUUUAUUCAAGAAACAAAAGUCAAGUAUCUCCUCUGCCUUGUCAAAACAAACAAAGGAAACUAUGAGUGCUUAUAGGAAGCGACUUGAAGCUUCGAUUGAAACUAUACAAUGGCUUCUACUCCAAGGAUUAUCUUUCCGUGGUCACGAUGAGAAAGAAAGUUCCUUGAGAAGAGGUAACUUUAUUUCGUUGUUGACUCUUCUUUCAAAAAAAGAUCCUGAAUAUUCAAAAGUUGUUUUUAAUAAUGCUCCUGGUAAUUGUCAACUUACUUCUCCAAUUGUCCAAAAAGAUAUCAUAAAUGCAUGUGCAAAAGAGACAACUAAAGCAAUCAUUAAAGAUAUUGAUGGUGGUUUCUUUACUAUCUUGGCCGAUGAGUCUGCUGAUGUUUCUGAUAAGGAACAAAUGGCUCUUUGUUUGAGAUAUGUGAACAAAAAGGGAGAAGUUUGGGAGCGUUUACUUGGUAUUGUGCAUGUUUCUGAUACUACUUCUUUGACUCUUAAAACUGCUAUAGACUCAUUGUUGAUGGAGUAUUCUUUGUCUUUCUCUCAAGUACAAGGUCGGGGUUAUGAUGGGGCAAGUAAUAUGCAAGGUUCAAUUAAUGGCCUUAAGACUCUAAUACAGAAUGAAUGUUCACCGAAGAGGAAAGAAUUUCUUCGUGAAAAACAAGCUCAAAGAAUUGUGGAAGCAUUUUCCUUAGGUGAACUUGAAACAGGGUCGGGUUUGAAUGAAGAACGUGGGUUAGGUAGACCUUGUGACACUCGCUGGGAAUCUCAUUUCAAAACAAUAUUGAAUGUGCUUGAUUUAUAUCCUUCAAUCCUUGGGUCGCUUGAUGACAUUGCAGAAGUCUCUGAUGCACUUGAUUCUAACAAAGCACAAACUAUUACAAAUUUGUUGAUGUCUUUUGAUUUUGUGUUUGUGGCGCAUUUGAUGGUUGGUAUCUUUGGGAUAACAAAUAACUUGAAUGUGGCAUUACAAAAACGUGAUCAAGACAUUGUAAAUGCAAUGCGAAUUGUUAAUGUAACCAAGAUUAAUUUGCAAGAGAUGAGAGAUGAAGGAUGGGAUUCUCAUAUGGAGAAGUUGCAAGAACUUGAUAAUCGAUUCCCCAAGAUAAGUAAAGAUUUACUUGUGUGUAUGUCUUGUUUGAAUCCAACUAAUCGGUUUGCUUCUUUUGAUAAAGCAAAAUUGAUUGAACUUGCAAAAUUCUAUCCAAAUGAAUUUUCAAGUUCAGAAUUGAUAUUCUUUGACCAUACACUUCAGAAUUUUAUUGUUGCUAUGAGAGAAGAUGAAAGGUUUUGGAAUUUGAAGACUCUUACUGAGCUUUCAAUGAAACUUGUGGAGACGGGAUUAUCUGAAACUCAUGAUAGGGUCUACUUGCUUUUAAAAUUGGUGUUACUUCUCCCCGUUGCAGCGGCAAGUGUGGAAAGGGUAUUUUCUGGAAUGACGCAAGUGAAAGACAAAUUGCGUAAUAGUAUGGGAGAUCAAAUGUUGAAUGAUUGUUUGAUUACUCAUUUAGAGAAUGAUUUGUUUUUGAAUGUUAGCAUGAAUGAUAUUGUACAUCGAUAUCAAAACAUGAAACCUCGUCGCGAGCAAUUGUAA